AUGGCUGAGGAACAAAACCAAUUAUACCAGCAACGGGCGUUGCGAGAUUAUUUCAAACUUGUGGUGAACGAGAACUAUUCGGGCAUCCAACGUCAACAAGUCAAUGCCAACAACUUUGAGCUCAAGCCAACCCUUGUCAAUAUGGUCCAACAGAACCAAUAUGGAGGCUUGCCGCACGAGGAUCCCAAUAUUCACUUGGCUACUUUUCUGGAAAUUUGUGAUACAGUCAAGAUUAAUGGGGUGAGAGCCGAGAUCAUCCGUUUGAAACUCUUCCCAUUCUCCUUGCGGGACCGGGCUAGGGCAUGGCUUCAAUCUUUACCAUCAGGGAGUGUAGCCACAUGGGAGGACGAUGAGGG